UUUAGUCCACCUUUAGUCUAAAGCUUGAAUAAAAAUGCUGUCAAUGUGACAUGUUAUUAUUUUGAAAAAUUUUGAGGUUAUAAACUAUAAAUAAAUAAAAAAAAAUGUUAAGGAAAAUCAGGUGUUCGCAAUUAUCUGCUAUAUAUACAAAUUUUUCUACAAAAGUUGAAAUCGACGCUACUCUACGUGAUAACUUUGAAAGAAAAGAAUUCAAGCCGCGAAGUCAUCCAGGCAGAUCUCAAGUUAAAGUUGCAUCGAUUCCUCCGGACAUUCUGAAGGCUAUAAAAAUUAUUUUACAAGACUCAGAUGCAAAAUCCUUUCAAGACGAGAGUGUAAAAUUAAAUAAUUAUAUACAUUCGCGCUUACUUCCGCCGGAAGAGGACGAAAUACGUGUAAAAGCCGCUAAAAUACACCAAAAUGUAUCGAACAAAGUUUAUUCAAAAAUUGAUAAAGGAUUGUCACAAGAGGAAAUCGAAAAUGUAAAUACGAAAAUAAACACAACGGUUUUUAAUGUUUUAAAGAAAAACGUGUACCGCUGGGGUAACAUUUCGUACGACAAACCUACGUCCUUACAGUAUCUGAUGGCGAGAGCCGCUCCCGAGUAUGCGAUCCUGGUACGUAUAUUCGACGAGAUAAAACGACGAAUACCAGAUUACAAGCCUAGAAGCUUCUUCGACUUCGGCUCUGGUGUUGGAACGGGCACGUGGGCCGUGAACACAUAUUGGAAAGAUAGUAUAUUUGAGUAUUUUACAGUAGAUACAUCAACACAUAUGAAUGAUUUAGCCCGUCUCAUAUUGUGCCAGGGCAGGGAUAACGUAGAAAUGCCGUUCAAAGCAUAUUUCCAAAGACAAUUCUUACCUGCGUCAACAGAUUUAAAAUAUAACAUAGUUCUAUCAGCGUUCACAUUGUUCGAAAUGCCAAGUAUGAAAACUCGAUUAGAAACAAUACAGAAGCUGUGGAACAAAACUGAAGAUUUUUUAAUAAUCGUUGAGCACGGUUCGAAUGCAGGAUUUAGAAUCGUUAAUGAGGCCAGAGAGUUUGUUUUAAAUUCGAAACGAAACAAAAGAGGUUACGCAUUCGCUCCGUGUCCUAACGACAAUGUAUGCCCUCGGUAUCUAGAGCAGCAAACACCAUGUAACUUCCUAAUGAAGUAUGAAACACUAGGUCUCCACAAAACUGAAGUUGUCGCUGAUUUAUUUACAUAUGUAAUUCUAAGGAAAGGUGUUCGACCGUCCGAUGAUCCUCAAUGGCCGAGGAUAGUAAGAGCUCCGAUCGUGAAGUCCGGACACACCAUAUGUAGACUAUGUACAUCGCAAGGGGAAUUGAAAGAAAUUAUAUUUUCAAAGGGUAAAUACGAUCAGACUACAUACAGGUGUGCGAGGUCCAGUAACUGGGGAGACUUGUUACCUGUUAAAUAAAUUAUGUUUAUUUUAA